AUGCAUGUACGGCCUAUAACAAAACGCUCGCGCGAAAUCCGCCAGCGACAGCGCCCCAAAACCCGACUGAUCAGCCGGGCGAUCGGCCACUCGCCCCACCGACAAGUGCAGCCUUCUCAACCCAACCAGAGCACCGGCUCGGAGCUCUCGGAGCCUCGGUGCGGCAUCGCGAGCGGCGAAGCCGAAGCCGAAGCACUCGACGGACAGAAGAGCACGUUGGGUGUGUCUUGGGAUCCGGAGGAUACAGUAUGGACGGCAGGAAUCGCCGGGGCCGUGCAAAAGACGGACGCGCAGACGGAGCGGAAUCAUGGCAGGACGAAAUCCGGUGGGGUCGGUGUAGAGCCCGGCUCGAUGACCAUAUUGACCCAGAGAAACCCCAGAGAUAAGAUGGCGAGGAUACCGGCAUAUGCCAUCGUCGCGCGCGGGCAGAAGACCACGAAUCGCGACACCCUUGCCAAGUACAGCAGUGCCAGUGAGCGGCAGCGGCAGCAGCGAGAUCUGCCCCAGGCCGCGAUCCGCCCACAGCGCAGAGAUCGAUAUGGGGAGAUAACAGAUUGGGAGGUCGACCGUCCGCGGGUGUGCAGUAGGAAAGCAUUGGAACGAAAAACACGUGACGGGGCUUCGACGAGGGACAUGCGCGGGAUCCACGACGGGGCAGCUCUCGAAAACUGGACGCCGGAGCACGGAAGACAAAAGACGUGA